AGCAUGGGCGACGCGGCGCAACCCUUCGAGACGGCGCUGCUCUUCGCCCUGGACGACCUGGCGGGCGACAACUUCAGGCGCUUCAAGCAGCAGCUGGGCGUCGUGCGCGUGGAGGAGGGCCGGGCGCGCAUCCCGCGCGGCCGCCUGGAGCGCGCGGACACCCUGGACGCGGCGCGGCUGCUGCUGGAGGCCUACGGCGAGGAGGGCGCCCUGGACGUGGCCGUCCGCGCCCUGCGCGGCGCCAACCUGCGCGACUCGGCCAGCGCGCUCCUGCAGUGGCGCCGCGGCGAGCAACGCUAGGAGAGCCGUCCCUGAACACGCGCCCGGCUUGGGCGGCCCACGCUUUGCACCCCAUCAUGUGCCAAGUGCAGCCUCCAGCCGAGUGCCGGCGCCCACCCGGACUCUGCACCACCCCGGCCUCCUGACCGACCGGCACUGCCUCCUCCCAUUGCCCGCCGGGAUCCUGAGCACGCUUCUUGAAGAGGCCACCCUUGCCCCGCCACGGCAGUGCCCUCUGCUGCAUUUGGCUGGUUCGCCUGCCUGCUUCUUGCAAUAAAGACGAAGCUGUGA